UCAGUCUGUAUAGGCAGUAAACCAUGAUUGUUAUACUCACUGUGGAACCUAAGGGGUUAAUCCUCCAACACUGUUUAAAGAGGCUGUUUGAUCCUGAUUUUUCUGAUCCUUCCCUUCUUCCAGUUUCCCCCUAUUAUCUCCUGGUAAUACAUAUCAUGUGGAGUCAUUCUGCACAUGCUCAGUUUAGUGUGUAUUGCUAGAGAAGUUUUUUUUUCUUGAGACAGUGCAUGUGAUCAGCACAGGGCCAAUCAGUACUGUCCAUGCAGAGGUCAGGGGUUCUGCAUCCUCCUAGAGCAGAAAGAAAACUCCUUCUACAAGUUUUAAUUAUGUAAAAAAGGUUGUUUUAUUCUGUCUUCUCUGAUCCUCCCCUUCUUCUACUGUCCCCAAUCCAUCUGUAGAACUCUAGAAGUCACUUUGCACAUGCU